AUGUGCAAAUGUGUGUUGAGAAGUGGGUGUCGCUGUGCAUGCUGGUCCAAGAGGAACAGAAACACCGUGCAAAGAGGGAAGACACUUCGAACGCUGCUUACUUUGUCAAAUGCGAGCCGAGAGUGCUGUGACUAUUGGUGUAGGGUUCAAAGUCGAUUGUAAAUCUGCAGUUUUGGAUUUUUGCCAACUCGGAUUGAGUUUUGCUAGGUGAAAGCGGGAGCAAUACAAUGUAUCCAUGCCCGACCUCUCAUUGCUUCGCGGUCCUCUGACGAGCUCAAACCCACUGUCUAUGGAGGGACAUACGAAAAGCGCAACGCUCAGGUACCAAGUACCCCCAUUUCGGUUAUCUGGGAGAUGGUAACAAAUGAACGGCACUGGAGGGAACAUGGUUGAGAGGACCAGCAAAUUUUUGUUGAUCGUCGUCGGAUCCGUCUUCUUCAUGCUGAUUCUAUAUCAGUACGUGGCUCCUGGGGUGAUGAACUUCGGGUCUCCGCAGGGGUACCUCGCCGAGGACAACAUGGAUAUUUUCCCCACUCCGGAUCCCCAUUAUGUGAAAAAGUACUACUUCCCUGUCAGGGACUUGGAACGCACCGUUGAUUUCGAGAUCAAGGGUGAAGAUGUGAUCGUGUUUCUUCACAUACAGAAAACUGGCGGAACCACUUUUGGCAGGCAUCUGGUGCAAAAUGUUAGACUAGAAGUCCCGUGUGAUUGCAGACCAGGGCAGAAAAAGUGUACAUGCUACCGUCCCAACAGAAAGGAGACCUGGCUGUUUUCGAGGUUCUCCACUGGCUGGAGUUGCGGGUUACAUGCGGAUUGGACCGAACUCACAAACUGCGUUCCUGGAGUGCUCAACAAGAGAGAAAAUAAAUCUAAAAAACUGAGGAAGUUCUACUACAUCACCCUGCUGAGGGACCCUGUGUCACGCUACCUGAGUGAGUGGCGCCACGUGCAGCGCGGCGCCACCUGGAAGACGUCCCUCCACAUGUGCGAUGGGCGCACACCUACACCCGAGGAGCUGCCUCCCUGCUACGAGGGUACGGACUGGUCCGGCUGCACCCUGCAACAGUUCAUGGACUGCCCCUACAACCUGGCCAACAACCGGCAGGUGCGCAUGCUCGCCGACCUCAGCCUGGUGGGCUGCUACAACCUCUCCACGGUGCCCGAUAAGCGGCGCUCGCAACUUCUCCUCGAGUCGGCCAAGAAGAACCUGCGCGACAUGGCCUUCUUCGGUCUGACGGAGUAUCAGCGCAAGACGCAGUUCCUGUUCGAGCGCACCUUCCGACUGCGCUUCAUCCGGCCUUUUGUGCAGUACAACAGCACGCGGGCGGCCGGAGUGGACUUGGACAACGACACGGUGGCGCGCAUCGAGGAGCUCAACGACCUGGACAUGCAGCUGUACGACUACGCCCGCGACCUCUUCCAGCAGCGCUACCAGUACACUCGGCAGCUGGAGAGACGGGCGCACCGCUUGGCACUUCGGAGUCACGGGCUGGACCCCCGUGAUUUACUCAGAGAGGAGGGUGGUGUGGGGGGCGAGGGGACAGCCAGGCUGCCCACAGAGGACUACAUGAACCACAUAAUUAACAGGUGGUAGCCCCUAUCCCAUCCCACCACCACCACCCACUAUCCUGAUCUCCCCAUUGUCUGGUAUGGUGAGGUUGCAUCAGAGUGAAUGUUUAGGAAAGGUGAAAUUUGGCACUUAUGGCUCGAGAGGAAGAAAGUUGCAGAGGGUUGGGUGCUGCAGUGGCUUACCUACAGACUUUGCAUGAUGCGAGCUGUGGGUUGCGAACCAGAUGAUAUCACUUCCCGCUACUGGAUGACAUAGUCCUUCUGGUCUUCUUGGACUAUGUGGAGAGGUCAGAUCUUUGAUUGGGAGCCCAUGAUACACCUGAGUCACGGGGCUUUGUGAUUGGAAGCCCAUGAUAAACCUGAGUCACGGGGCUUUGUGAUUGGAAGCCCAUGAUAAACCUGAGUCACGGGGCUUUGUGAUUGGAAGCCCAUGAUAAACCUGAGUCACGGGGCUUUGUGAUUGGAAGCCCAUGAUAAACCUGAGUCACGGGGCUUUGUGAUUGGAAGCCCAUGAUAAACCUGAGUCACGGGGCUUUGUGAUUGGAAGCCCAUGAUAAACCUGAGUCACGGGGCUUUGUGAUUGGAAGCCCAUGAUAAACCUGAGUCACGGGGCUUUGUGAUUGGAAGCCCAUUAUAAACCUGAGUCACGGGGCUUUGUGAUUGGAAACCCAUGAUAAACCUGAGUCAUGGGGGUUUGUGAUUGGAAGCCCAUGAUAAACCGGAGUCAUGGAGGUUUGUGAUUGGAAGCCCAUGAUAAACCGGAGUCAUGGGGGUUUGUGAUUGGAAGCCCAUGAUAAACCUGAGUCACGGGGCUUUGUGAUUGGAAGCCCAUGAUAAACCUGAGUCACGGGGCUUUGUGAUUGGAAGUCCAUGAUAAACCUGAGUCAUCCUCUGGAGUUCUCGGAGCAACAACUGUCUCUACUCUGAUUCCCAAUGGAGCAAAAGAAAAACGAUGGAUAAUUCCUUUACAAAGUAAACAGACUUGUUUUACUUUCCUUUCUAUGUCUUGGCCCAUCAGAAUAACAUAUGUGCUUAAUAUGUUGUUGUAAGGAAUUACAAAGCAGUGAGAUGGGAGAUUACCUGUACUGGACAUUUCCGAAGAGCCAUCUUUUUAUUUAUUAACAUUGCUUUCUGAUCAUUUGAAAUACAUAUUUUUCCAAUGUGAGAGACUAUUUGGCUCGGCUUGAAAUACAGUUUGACACUUGUAAGUUAUAAAAGUCAUGAUGGUGACUUAAAAAAAAAUCAUAACAUACUCAUCCAUUUGCUGAAAGGUUACUAACAUUUGCAAUCAAAGUUUAGAGCUUGAGAGUUUAUCUUAAUAGAAAUGAUGCAUAGUGUUUUUUUGUUUUUUUUACACCUGUAUGUUUUUACCAUUUUGUCAAUGUCGUGUGAAGAGGCCAGUUCCUUUGGUUCCGAUGUAUUUUCAUUUGUCCGUUGUACUGUGAUCUGUACACUAAAGGAGAUGUACAGAAUUGAAUGAAAUAUUUGGCAAAGGUUGUCCAGGAACCUUUCUGACCACAACCUCCAUACAACACUUGAUGCUCAACAGGAGACCGACCGAAGGUCUCGCACUGAAGGGGAAACAGGAAACACUGUCUUAUUAUUACUUGUACAAAAUAAAACUUCUGUGAGUGUGUGCAUGUGUGUAAGUGUGUGUAUUGUAAGUGUGUGUGUGUGCGCGUCCAUUUGUUUCUGAGCUUUCAUGCUCAAUUCAUUUCCUUCUGAUUGGGAUCAAAUGUGUCACCUAAAACCAGAACUUAAACGGGUGAAAUGGAUGGAUUAUCCAUUGAGUUUGCCAUGCUCCUCGAUGUGCAUCUGUUGGGGCAUUAUAAAACAAUGUAAAAUAAAGUGCAUCAGGUUCCAUAUUAAAGAGGUGAAGAAUGCACAGCCACUUGUCAACCAUAAGCUCUUUUUUUUGUUAAUAAUACAUUUUCUUUGUAAACUGAAAUAUGAUGAUCCCCUGGUAAACUGUGUUUAAUUAACAUUCUAACAGAAUGUGUCUGGACAUGAUAUAACCCUCAUCAAUCAAUACUGGUGUAUAUGGAGCCUUCACAACUAUCAUAUUUCAAAUUACCAAAGUCCCCCAUCCAACAACAAACUGUAGUCCCACAGGCAUAGCCAGUACUAAAAACAGACCCAAGACUAAUUGCUUGGGGAGUGUUAAGAUGCUAAUGCAUUAUUAUUAAGGAAAUUUGGACCAGUGUGUGCAGAUCCUGCGAAUGACUGUCUUUUCAUCAAGAACAGAAUGUUUGUUUUAGUGACGACUACUUACAUUAUGUCCAAUCCUCUCCGGAGCGGAGGUAUAAUGAUUGGUAGCAGGAGACUUCUCUAAUGCAAAGUAUUUUUAUCUUAUUUGAGAAAGAUAGCUUUGGGGAAGAUGGAUUACGAAGCUAUGGGUUUAGACAAAUCGUUACAGAAUGAAGUGUAUGUGUGUACGUGCAGUCGUGUGAGAUAAAGAGAAAGCAAAAGAAUGAGAGAACAAGAGAAUUUAGUGAAGUGGGACAUUUCUACAUGGGCUGUGGUCUGGUUUUACCCAUAUUGUAUUAUUGCUGUGCGUAUUUCUGUUCUUCAAGCGGAUUGGAUCUUCUAUUCAACAAUAAAAAUAAAAAAGAUAUUUCUUUGUA